AUGAGGGCGCUGCUGAUUUUGAGCGUGCUGCUGGGGGCCACCCUUGGCUUAGAGAACUUUGUGGGGCACCAGGUGCUCCGAAUCUCUGCAGCCAAUGAAGCCCAGGUGCAGAAGGUGAAGGAGCUGGAGGAGCUGGAGCACCUGCAGCUGGACUUCUGGCGGGGCCCUGCCCGGCCUGGCUCCUCCAUCGAUGUCCGAGUGCCCUUCUCCAGCAUCCAGGCUGUCAAGAUCUUCCUGGAGGCCAACGACAUCAGCUACAGAAUCAUGAUCGAGGACGUGCAGUCGCUGCUGGACGAGGAGCAGGAGCAGAUGUUUGCCUUCCAGUCCCGGGCCCGCUCCACCAGCACAUUUAAUUACGCCACCUACCACACCCUGGACGAGAUCUACGAGUUUAUGGACAUGCUGGUGGCUGAGAACUCGCAGCUUGUCAGCAAGUUACAGAUUGGCAACACCUACGAAGGUCGUCCCAUCUACGUGCUGAAGUUCAGCACUAGCACAAGCAAACGUCCAGGCAUCUGGAUCGACACAGGCAUCCAUUCCCGGGAGUGGGUCACCCAGGCCAGCGGGAUCUGGUUUGCAAAGAAGAUCACAGAGGACUAUGACAAGGACCCAGUUCUCAAGAACAUUCUGAACACCAUGGACAUCUUCCUGGAGAUCGUCACCAACCCUGAUGGCUUCGCAUUUACCCACAGCACGAAUCGCCUGUGGCGCAAGACUCGAUCCCGCACACCUGGCUCCAGUUGCAUCGGAGUGGAUCCCAACAGGAACUGGGAUGCUGCCUUUGGGAUGCCCGGCGCCAGCAGCAACCCCUGCACAGAGACAUACCACGGCCAGUAUGCCAACUCCGAGGUGGAGGUCAAGUCCAUCGUUGACUUUGUGAAGAACCACGGGAACAUCAAGGGCUUCGUCUCCAUCCACAGCUACUCCCAGCUCCUCCUCUAUCCUCACGGCUACACAAACACCCCAACCCCCGACCAUGAAGAGCUGGAUCAGCUGGCCAAGGCGGCUGUGACGGCCCUGUCCUCCCUGUACGGGACCAAGUUCACAUAUGGCAGCGUCUACACCACAAUUUACCAAGCCAGUGGAAACACUGUUGACUGGACCUACAGCCAGGGCAUCAAGUACUCCUAUACCUUUGAGCUCCGGGACACCGGGCGCCACGGCUUCCUGCUGCCCGCCUCCCAGAUCGUCCCCACCGCCCAGGAGACCUGGCUGGCCCUUCUGACCAUCAUGGAGCAUGUCGUGACUCACCCCUACUGAACUGGCCCUUGGGCACUCUCCUCUUCCUCUGCCCUACCCAGGCAACCCAAUAAAUUCUGAGUGUACAUAGAACAGAAUCUUGGGGCUUGCA